CAUGUGUGUGUGCACGUGUGUGUGUGUGUGUGUGUGAGUGUGAGUGCAGAGCAAACGGGGAUACAGUAGUAACCCAGAGUGAGGUGGCAAUCCUCCUCCACACUGACUUGUCUGUGCGUCGCUGCACUUGAGGAGUGAGAAGAAGAGGAGAGUGAAGAUGGCAUCGCGAAGUGACUGUGGACAAACCGGGAUCUAGUUUCUUCCUCAGUUUUUUGAAUUUAUUGAUAUUUCACUUGGAUCCACGGAGCGAAGUAUCGUGCAAGAGAAUAGCAAAGUUGCGCUCGGCCCCGUUUGGGACUAAGCUCGUGUGGAAUAGCAACAAAGGACGGGAGCGCGCAUUCAUGGGACGCGACUUUGACAGCUCCCGGUUUCUUCACUUGUAACUUGGAAAAAAAAAGCGGGGCCACGAUUGAGACUUGAGCUGGAGAACAUGGCCGAGGCGCAGCUAGCCGAGCCAGUACCGGACCUGGACGUGGCCAUCGACCCGGACUUCGAGCCCCAGAAGCGCCCCCGAUCCUGCACCUGGCCGCUGCCGCGACCGGACUCGAGCGCGGGGAAGCCGGAGAGCAUCGAGGCAGACAUCAUCCCCGAGGAGGAGGACGAUGAGGAGGACGGUGCCACCCCAACGCGCUCCGGAGUGGCGGCGGAGGACCAGAGCAGCAACAGUCCCGUGGCAGCCGACGGAUCGCUCUCGUCCCCCGGCCAGGAGAGCGGAGGCUCCCCGCUCUCCACGCACUCCCCGUCGGCGCUGACUCCCAACAGCCUCGCCGCACAGCAGACCCCGAGGAAGGCUUCGUCCCGCCGCAACGCCUGGGGGAACCUGUCUUACGCCGACCUGAUAACCAAAGCCAUCGAGAGCGCACCGGACAAAAGACUGACACUGUCCCAAAUCUACGACUGGAUGGUGAGAUCCAUCCCUUACUUCAAGGACAAAGGCGACAGCAACAGCUCUGCAGGAUGGAAGGUGUGA